AUGAUUUGGUUAUCAGAAAGACAAAAAUUUGGUGUUGGAUUUACUGCUGGUGGAAUAUUCUUUUUCAUAUUUGGAAUAAUUACAUUCUUUGAUUCAGGAUUCUUAGCAUUAGGUAAUAUCUUAUUCAUUAUAGGAUUAAUAUUAAUUAUUGGACCCCAACGAACAAUAUCAUUCUUUACUCGACCAACCAAAAUAAGAGGUUCAAUUUGUUUUGGAUUAGGAAUAUUAUUGAUAUUAAUGAAAUGGUCAUUUAUUGGAUUUAUAUUGGAAAGUUUUGGUAUCUUGGGAUUAUUUGGUGAUUUCUUUGGAACAAUUGUUCAAUUCUUAAGAUCUAUUCCUUAUAUUGGAGAUGUAUUAAGUAGUCCGAUUAUUGCCCCUACUAUAGAUAGAUUAGCAGGCAUUAGUGAUGUAUUACCUGUUUAA